GUCUCAUGGUUGCUUAAAUUGAAUCUAUCUAAAGUUUGAUUGAGUCGAGUCUAGAUCCAGUUUAUGAGACCGACACGAAGCCGACGAAGAGGCUUCUAUUUAUAACUAAUAUUGUCUUCUUUCGAGUCCUCAGUUAUGUUAAUAUUAUUAAAAAAAAAAUCAUAUUUUCCUACGGUUGGCUGAUUGACUGGGCUUUGCAAUGGUGAUUAAGGAUUUCAACAAAUUGAGAGAGGAGGAAAACACCGAGAUGGAUCUAAACGAGGAAAACAAAGAGAAAAGUCAAAAGUCAAGUCUUUCUAUAUAAACUUUAACCAGGAAAACAAAAAGAGAAAGGAAAGGAUGUGUGGGAUAUUUGCGUAUUUGAAUUACAACGUCAAUAGGGAGAGGAGAUUUAUUCUCCAAACUCUCUUCAACGGAUUGAGGCGUCUUGAAUAUAGAGGAUAUGAUUCCGCCGGGGUUUCCAUUGAUCACAACCAACCUCUUGUUUUCCGUCAGGAAGGAAACAUCGAAUCCCUUGUCAAAUCUGUCUAUCAAGAGGCUGAUGCCAUGGGUUUAGAUCUGGAAGAAUCCUUUUGUGUCCAUGCUGGAAUAGCACACACCCGCUGGGCUACUCAUGGAGAGCCUGCUCCAAGGAAUAGCCAUCCACAAACAUCUGGUGAUGGAAAUGAAUUCCUUGUUGUUCACAAUGGCGUCAUAACUAAUUAUCAGGUGUUAAGGGAAACACUUAUUCGACAUGGGUUCACCUUUGAAUCUGAAACCGACACAGAAGUAAUACCAAAGCUUGCAAAAUUUGUCUUCGACAAAGCAAAUGAAGGAGAAGGUUCUCAUACUGUCACAUUUAGUGAAGUUGUGCUUGAAGUCAUGAGGCAUCUUGAAGGAGCCUAUGCCCUCAUUUUUAAGAGCCUACAUUAUCCAAAUGAGUUAAUUGCAUGCAAACGUGGAAGUCCAUUGCUCUUGGGUGUUAAAGAAUUAAAUGAAGAAUUUAACAGCGGACCAACAUUUCAUGAUUCUAAAUUCCUCUCAAAUAUUGACCAUCCAAAAGAGCUGUUUCUGUCCAGUGAUGCUCAUGCUAUUGUUGAGCACACAAAAAAGGUCUUGGUGAUUGAGGAUGGUGAAGUAGUUCAUCUUAAGGAUGGAAAUGUGUCAAUCCUGAAGUUUGACAAUGACAAGGGAAGACAUGGAGGUUCCCUUUCUAGACCUGCAUCAGUGCAACGUGCAUUAUCUGUUCUUGAGAUGGAAGUUGAACAAAUAAACAAAGGAAACUAUGAGCAUUACAUGCAGAAAGAAAUCCAUGAACAGCCUGAAUCUCUGAAAACCACCAUGAGGGGGAGGCUUAUACGUGGAGGCUCCUGCAAAGCCAAGACUGUUCUUUUAGGUGGACUCAAGGAUCACUUUAAAACAAUUAGAAGGAGUCGACGUAUUGUUUUCAUUGGUUGUGGUACAAGCUAUAAUGCUGCUCUAGCUGCUAGACCCAUCCUGGAAGAACUUUCUGGUGUCCCUGUCACUAUGGAAAUUGCAAGUGAUCUGUUGGAUCGUCAAGGUCCUAUAUACAGAGAAGAUACAGCAGUCUUUGUCAGCCAGUCUGGUGAAACUGCCGAUACAUUACAUGCGUUGGAAUAUGCUUUAGAAAAUGGUGCAUUGUGUGUAGGCAUAACAAACACUGUUGGCAGUGCAAUAGCUAGGCAUACACAUUGUGGUGUUCAUAUAAAUGCUGGCGCUGAAAUAGGCGUGGCAAGCACCAAGGCAUACACAAGUCAGAUAGUAGUGAUGGCCAUGUUAGCCCUAGCAAUCGGAGGUGAUUCAAUUACUAGUCAAACAAGAAGAGAGGCUAUAAUAGAUGGUCUAUUUGACUUGCCAAACAAGGUCAGGGAGGUCCUGAAGCUUGACCAGGAAAUGAAGGAUCUUGCAAAACUUUUGAUUGCAGAGCAGUCUCUUCUUGUGUUUGGGAGAGGAUACAACUAUGCAACGGCUUUGGAGGGUGCCUUAAAGGUUAAGGAAGUAGCGCUUAUGCACAGUGAAGGAAUGCUUGCUGGUGAAAUGAAACAUGGUCCUUUGGCAUUAGUUGAUGAGAAUCUUACUAUUAUUGUCAUUGCUACUCGCGAUUCCUGCUUCAGCAAGCAACAGUCAGUCAUUCAGCAACUUCAUGCCCGCAAAGGUCGCUUAAUAGUCAUGUGUUCAAAAGGUGAUGCUGUGUCGGCUUGCCCUGGAGGAUUUGGUAGAGUAAUUGAAGUUCCACAGGUUGAGGAUUGUCUUCAACCUGUAAUUAAUAUAGUUCCAUUGCAGUUACUGGCAUAUCAUCUGACUGUUCUAAGGGGUUACAAUGUUGACCAGCCACGCAAUCUGGCGAAGAGCGUGACGACACAGUAAAGGAGCGUUUCAGGGACAUCUCCUUCAAGUCGGGAAAGGAGGAGAGCUCUCAACCUGUUGUGAAAAG